CUCUCAUCACUUCCGCCAGCAUCCGUGAUUUAGUUCCAAUUCGUAGUAAGGAGCGUGUUUUGAAAACUACUGAUUUCUCUGCAGAGAUUUGACAGUUCAGUGUGAUCUCCGAAUCAGUCAUGGCUUCCUGAUAUUAUUCGCUACUCCUUCAUUAACAUGAUCUCCUGAUUUUUAUUUUCAUCAGUUAAGCAAAGAGGCUUUUUUAUUAGUGGAAAAUGAAGAACAAUAAAUCUGGAAAACAACUAAAAAUGACGAACAACAAUUCCAAAAACGAACUUGAAGAGUGCAUUGAAAAUGAUGAGGUGAAAAUGAAAAAAAGAAUUACCCUGACCAACGGGGUGGCAAUUAUUGUGGGAACAAUUAUUGGAUCGGGGAUUUUUAUUUCCCCAAAAGGGGUGUAUGAACAUUCUGGUUCUUUAGGAGUUGCUUUAAUAAUAUGGACUGCUUGUGGUAUUUUCUCAAUGUUUGGGGCUUUAUGUUUUGCCGAAUUAGGAACUUGUAUAACAAAAUCUGGAGGUGAUUAUGCUUAUCUCAUGGAGGCUUUUGGUCCAGCUACUGCUUUUUUGUAUCUUUGGGUCGGUUUGCUGGUCAUUCGCCCAGCAGUACAGGCUGUACUGGCUCUUACAUUUGGUUAUUACAUGUUAGAUCCAUUCUUUCCAAAUUGCAAGCCCCCUGAUGAGGCUUUGAGGCUACUGGCUGGUAUCUGUUUGUGUUUGCUCUCCUAUGUCAAUUGUCGUAGCGUUCGCUGGGCGAUGCGCGUACAAGAUCUCUUCACUGGAGCAAAGCUUUUUGCCCUAAUCUUUAUAAUUAUAGGUGGAGCUUGGAGGAUUGGUCAAGGUCAUACAGAGUAUUUAGAAAAUGCUUUUGAUGCCAACGUAUCCGCCAAAUCCAUUUCUUUGGCUUUUUAUUACGGGCUUUUUGCUUAUGCAGGAUGGAAUUACUUGAACUUUGUCACGGGAGAGUUAAAAGAUCCUUACAAAAACUUGCCUAGAGCAAUAUGGAUUGGUCUACCAUUAGUGACAAUCGUUUAUGUUCUUUCGAAUAUUGCCUACUUCGCCGUAAUUUCGCCAACACAACUUUUGGCGUCACCAGCUGUUGCCGUGACUUUUGCAACUGUGAUGUUUGGUGCGAAAGUCGCAUGGUGUAUGCCUAUCUUCGUGGCAUUAUCAACGUUUGGUGGAGUCAAUGGAAAUCUUUUUACAUCAGGACGGUUUUUUGCCAUGGCUGCUCAAGAAGGUCAAUUACCUGAAAUUUUGGGAAUGAUUAAUGUUAAAAGAUGCACUCCUGUUCCUGCUGUACUACUUACAUGCUUGAUGUCCUUGAUGAUGUUGUGUACAAGUGACGUCUAUGUUCUCAUCAACUACCUCAGUUUUGCUCAAUGGUUCUGGACUGGCGUUGUGAUAGUCGGUUUAAUGGUUAUGCGAGUCACUAAACCAGAUCUUCAUCGUCCCAUUAAAGUCUCGUUAUUUUGCCCUAUUGUUUUCCUCGGAUGUUGUAUCUUCCUUGUUUUUGUGCCCAUGCUUGCUGAGCCUUUUGAAACUGGCAUAGUGUUAUUGGUGAUGUUUGCUGGUCUGCCCGUUUAUUUUCUAUUUUUGCGUAAUCCUAAACCUACUCCUCUGCACAAGGAUACUAUGAAUUCUCGGAUUACAAAAUGUCUUCAAAAACUGUUUGAAGUUGUUACCCCAGAAGAAAAAUAUGCCUGAAGAAGUAUUUCGAUAUCAUGAACUAAACUGCAGUAUUUUUUAUUAAACAAAAGAUUAAGCUAUAGUAACGACACAGCAUUUGAAAAAAGCAUAAACUGUUUGCGUUAUGAAUUGAAUUUUAGUAGUGGAAAUUUGUUUUUAUAUUUUUCAAAAUAUAUGAAAACUACCUAAAGUAUUUUAUACAAUUUACAAACUAUAAAUGAACAACAAAUUCACUGAUUAUGACGUGAUUGAGCUUUAAUUUACAUGAUUAUGAUUAAAAUGGUCCCAUAUUUGAAGCAAAUUUUUAACUCGACAAUUCCGAAAAUUGCACGCUAUUUAUAGAAUUGUUUGCUUAAAAAAUUUGUUUUUUUUUUAACAAGUUGUUCUACAUAUACAGCUCAUCAGCUACUAUUCAGAAAUACAACAUGAGUUGCAGUUUAAAUACACAAACAGGGUGUUCUGUAUACACCGCUAUUAAUUUAUUUGUUUAGAAUUGUAGUCAAAAACGAAGUAAGAUUGUAAACACAUUGAAGCUGCAAAUUUAUAUUUAAGAGAAGAAAAGAAUUCUGGUGAUUUACUUGUGAAAAAGGCUGUUGUAAAAACAUCAAAAUCAGUAUGAUUAACAGUUGAAAUUUUUGGCGCAACUUCUCCUAUACAUCAACUCCUCUUUUAUUCCAUAGUGCAAUCAAACUGAUUGUAGUUGUUAACCUCAAUUUCCUUAAUAGCGAUUCGUCUUCUAGCUGAAAUAUUAAAUUGAGACUUCUAAUUUUUAUAUUUUUUACUUCCUUUUUGAAAAGUGUUCUAAAAUUAUGUAUUAAUAUGGGUAGUUGCAGAGCAACUUCUUUAUACUUAUGGAAGAUAUGUUGGUAGAGUUUUUCAACAAUUUAAGAUUAGGCGAAAGCAGCUUUAAUGGAAACACAAAUCGGUUUUGUACUCAUAAUUGGAUGAAUUUCUUUUGAAUUAACUAAUAUAUUUGUGUAAAUAAGUGAUAUUUUAUGUGGGUUCACUGCUUUAUAUCAUACUCGCUUUUGCAGCAUACAUGUGAUGUUUUUAUCUUCGAUGUUAAAAUGUUUGGAGUUAUCUCAUUAAAUUAUUAUACCAGGAA